ACAACUGCAGCCACCUCGGUAGCCAACAAAGUCGGAACAUUCAAGUUCUUUAGACAAUUUCGUGGUUUAUUUGCCACUGUGAUUUUAACAUACUUAUGUGUAAACAACUAGCUACCCCAUUUAAUUUAAUAUUUACGUUGUAAGUCAGCUAGCUGGCUGGUUAAGUUAGCACUAGUCUAGUCGCUAAUACUAACAAGCGGUUAUUCCCGACAAUGAGUUCACUAAACUACUCUCCUCCUGAUAAAGAAGAGGUCUGCUGGACGGGGAAAGAAGCUCUUGUGAAAGAGGAGAAGGAAGAGAAGGAUGUUACAAUACAAAAACAAGUAGAGGGUGAGGCUGUUACCGUGAAAGAAGAAGAGGAAGACGCGUUUUUUGGAAUGAAGGAUGAAGAGGGGGAGAUUACUGUCACACUAGAGGAGGACGAAGAAGAGAAGACUGGAGAACUGAUUAACACCAGACAAUACAGAGAGAGACAGGACAAUUGUGGAUCCUCUGGGGACACUCAACAACAUCAUGAUGCUGACGAGGCAGAGAAAAGUCUCUCCAGAUCAGAACUCCUCAAGAAACACCAGCGAGUACACACAGGAGAGAAAUCCUUCUGCUGCUCUGACUGUGGGAAAAUAUUGAACUCUUCAGUAGACCUUAAGAUACAUCAAAUAAUUCACACUGGAGAGAAACUUUCUAGGUGUGAUCAAUGUGGGAAGAGUUUCGGUACAUCUGGCUGUCUGACAAAACACCAGAGAACACACACAGGAGAGAAAUUGUAUAGCUGUACUCAGUGUGGGAAGAGUUUUACUCAUUCAACCAGCCUGAUAUCACACCAGAGAACACACACAGGAGAGAAAUCGUAUAGCUGUGAUCAAUGUGGAAAACGUUUCGGUACAUCUGGCUGUCUGACAAAACAUCAGAGAACACACACAGGAGAGAAACCUUAUAGCUGUGGUCAAUGUGGGAAAAGUUUUGGUACAUCUGGCUGUCUGGCAACACACCAGAGAACACACACAGGAGAGAAAUCUUAUAGCUGUACUCAAUGUGGGAAUAGUUUUACUCAUUCAACCAGCCUGAUAUCACACCAGAGAACACACACAGGAGAGAAACCUUAUAGCUGUGGUCAAUGUGGGAAGAGUUUCACUCAGUCAACCAGUCUGACAUCACACCAGAGAACACACACAGGAGAGAAACCCUAUAGCUGUGAUGAAUGUGGGAAGAGUUUUACUCAGCUAAGCAGCCUGAUAUCACACCAGAGAACACACACAGGAGAGAAACCUUAUAGCUGUAAUCAAUGUGGGAAGUGUUUUGCUUCAUCUGGCAUUCUGACUGUACACCAGAGAAUACACACAGGCGAGAAACCUUAUUGCUGUGAUCAAUGUGGGAGGAGUUUUACUCAGCUAAGCAGCCUGGUAUCUCACCAGAGAACACACACAGGAGAGAAACCUCACAGCUGUAAUCAAUGUGGGAAGAGAUACUCUGAUAAAAGAUCUCUGACUAAACAUCAGAAAAUACAUGUAGUUGUUUCAUGAUAUCAAUGAAAUAAUGUAGAAUGUUUUUAAUAUUGUGGAAGUAUUUUAGUCACGUCACAAUAAAGAACGUUUUAACAUUGUAGGAGCAGUAUUUUAAGGAAUGUCAGAAUGUAGAAACCUAAACGUUUGCUCUGAAUUGAAGGAGUACUAUUUAUGAGAUUUAACAAAAAUAGAGUUGUGUUACACUUACAACUUUGGUGACCCACUUGAAUGAAAAUGCAACACUUCAAAAUGUUUAGGUUUACAAUAUAUCCCAAACUGUUUCUACAUAUUGGGUAUUGUGUUUUGACAUUGCACUAUUCCCAUGAGCAAAAUGUAAUUGAAAAUACGUUGAAAAUAACACUAUGCCCAAUGUCCAAUAUAUGUUCGGUUGAAAGUGAAAGUUGAGAAGAUGUAUUUUCUGGUUGUUUUUUCAAUGACUUGAAAACAACUUAAUUUCAAGGUACUUGCAGCCUAUACACAUGGACGCAGUAUAAUAAAUUGGUCUAUAAUCAAUUUUAUUAACAAUCUUACAUCACUCCAGCAUUUCUUUACAACAUCCAAGUACUAAUUGUCUUUAUUCCACUACUGAAGUGGCAUGAAUCAAAUCACCUACUCAUAUGUCAAACAUUCAGCCUGACAAAAGAUACAUUUUCUUAUCAUUCCAUGCCUCACCCGUAAGUUAAUUAUUGCCAAUACAUAUUAACAAAGGGGUCUACAUUUGCUUUUGAUAUUUCAUAUUUACAAUUCAUGUAACAUUUAGUCAUUAUUUAUGCAACCAACUGACAAUUUAUGGGUACAAUUAUAUUGAAAUUGUUAUCCUGCUUUUAGAAUAUCAGGGUUCAUUCUCAGAUGUGCCAACCCAAAUGUUCUGUAGCAUGACAUUGGGGACUGGGCCCCAAUCCAACAACAUGCCUGUCGAGAUAUUGCAGGAGUUUGCUCUUGAAAUCAGACAUGACUAAUACAAUUUGAUUUGUGUUUUGUUUGUGCUCCUUCCAAGGGGACGAGAGUGAGUUUCAGGAAGACAAGAGUUCUAGAAGCUAGUGAGUUUUAGGAUUCUAUAGAAAGAAAAAGAACAAAAAUUAUAUGAUUGUAUAUUAUCGUUUAGAAGUAUGUGUUUUUUCUUGUUUUUAAUUGUUGACAGCAAGUUGUUUUCUGUUGGUGAUGAGCAAACUUGGCCAAUA